AUGGCGCCUUCAAGCGGGGCACAGCGACGACGGCACCAGCUGUACCUCGCCAUCGCCGUCGUGUGCGUCCUGCACCUCGCCGCCCUGAGCCCCAACGAUCCACCAGCAGGCGACGACGGCGGCGCCCUCAUCGACUGGCUCGCCCUGUGGGAGCAGGCCCGCCCCGGAGGACCGCGAGCCGCCCUGUUCGCCGUCAUGGUCCUGUGGCUCACCUUCCUGUUCGCGUUCGUCGGCAUCUGCGCCUCCGAGUUCUUCUGCCCCAACCUGAGCCACAUCGCGAGCCGGCUCGGCCUGAGCGAGAGCGUCGCCGGCGUCACCUUCCUCGCCUUCUCGAACGGCAGCCCCGACGUCUUCUCGACUUUCGCCGCCCUGCGCUCCGACUCGGGCAGCCUCGCCAUCGGCGAGCUCAUCGGCGCAGCAAGCUUCAUCGUCUCGGUCGUCGCCGGCACCAUGGCCCUCAUCACGCCGUUCCGCGUCUCGAAGCGCACCUUCCUGCGCGACGUCGGCUUCUUCACCCUCGCCGUGUGCAUCACGCUCGGCAUCCUGUGGGACAGCCACAUCCACCUGUGGGAGGCCCUCCUCAUGGUCGCCCUCUACUUCGUCUACGUCCUCGUCGUCGCCGUCGGCACGUGGUGGGAGAGCCGCCAGGAGGACAAGCGCAGGAGGAUGCGCGACGCGAGGAGCGAGUACGGCGACGACGACGUCGACGUGCUCGCAGGAGGUGACGUCGAGUGGGACGUUCCGCCAGGCCGGUCCCGUCCGACAUCCGGCGCCUCGACCCCUCGCUCGACCCAUUCCCUCUCGAACGGCGCCGCGUCGCCCACCUACUCGUCCAACACCAUCGUCUACCAUCCUUCCGCCGCCACCCCGCCCGCAUCUCCUUCCCUCGCCCGCUCUCGAGCCCAUUCCGUCGCCUCGCUCACCUCGAGUCGACCUCCUCCGACCCCUCUUCUCGGCGCCCGCCGGCGGUCCCGCUCCGUCCGCCCUUCCCUCCUCGGCGCCAUCGAGUUCCGCGACGUCGUCAACUCGCUCUCGUCGGACCGCUCGAGCGCCGCCAACGUGCUCGCCGUCUUUGGCGGCGCGCACCAGCACCACGCGCACUCGCACGACGCCCUCGAGGAGGUCGAGCACGAGCACGAGUACGCUCGCACCGAGUCGACGAGCCGGCUCGAGAUGGGCCUCGGCUUUGGCGGCGGGCGGGAGGGGCAGGGCCGGCGCAGGGCUCUGAGCCAGCCGGGAAGGCCGGGCGCGCUCACGCUCGGCGAGGGCGACGACGUGCUCGCCGAGGGCGUCUUGCGCGAGGCCGAGGACCGCAGGCGAGGGCGGGUACCGCUCGGGAGCCGGCAGUCGAGCUGGACCGGGUCGGCUCGGAGCGACGGGUCGGACGCAGGGUCGGUGCACGCGCGACGAGCGCCGAACGGGCUCAUCGACCUGUCGGACGGCGUCGACGACCCGUGGAAGGGCGCCCGCUCGCCCAUGGUCGACCACGACGGCCGCGCCAUCAAGCGCGUGCCGAGCAUCCUCCUCACGACCGACAGCGGGUCCGACACGAUCCUCGCCGACCCUCCCUCGCCCUCGCCCGCAUCCAUCGCCUCUCGACACCCUCCCCGCAAGGACCACUUCCUGCACGCCAUCCGCUGCGCCCUCUUCCCCUCGCUCCAGUCGUUCCGCUCCAAGUCGAUCGUCGGCAAGUGUACCGCCCUCCUCUGCGUCCCAGCCCUCCUCGUCCUCAACCUCACGCUCCCCGUCGUCGAGGAGCCGAGCGACGACACGACGGCGUCGUGGCACGAGGAGAAGUACGUCUCGACGCCCGGGUCGGGCGUCCAGGUCGAGAGCCGGCACGUCGACGCGCCCUCGUCUGACGAGGACGACGACGAGCACGUCGACGCCGACGUCUACGUCGACGAGCGCAACGCGUACGACCGCAUCGGCCAGGCGCUGCACUCGCCCGCCGUCGCGCACCCGCCAGGGCGCACCGACUCGCCGGCGCACCGGCUCCAGCACGUGCGCGCCGCGGCGGCCGAGGCCGAGUCGCCGCACGGCGCGUGGGCCGAGGUCGCGACGCCGCCGCUCGGCGUGGUCGACCGCCCGGCGUCGCCGAUGGACUACUUCCGCGUCGUCAACUCGAGCGAGGCGAGCCAGGUCGGGCGGGUCGGGUCGGACGAGGACGAGGGACGGGAUCUCGUGCUCGGCGAUGGAGGCGGCGAGGUGAGCGAGGAGGAGCGAGAAUGGCGCGCGCAAGAGGCGGUCACAAGGUGCUUGACGGCGCUGCAGUGCGCGCUCGGACCCGUUUUCUGCGUCUCGGCCCUUCUCGCCGAGGACAUGAGCUGGUGGCACCCCGUCGUCGCGCUCGCCGCCGGCGGCGUCUUCUCGCUCCUCGCCUUCCGGUACUUCGACAGCUCGCGGCAUCCCGGCCGCAUUAUCCUGUGCUUCCUCGGCUUCCUCAUCGCUAUGGUCUGGAUCCUCAUGAUCGUCAACGAGGUCGUCGGCGUCCUGCAGACUCUCGGGCACAUCUUCGGCAUCUCGGACGCCAUCCUCGGUCUCACCAUCUUCGCCAUGGGCAACUCGCUCGGCGACCUCGUCGCCAACGCCACCGUCGCUCGCAUGGGCUACCCGGCCAUGGCCAUCGCCGCCUGCUUCGGCGGGCCCAUGCUCAACAUUCUCCUCGGCGUCGGGCUCUCGGGCACCUACAUGAUCCUGUUCGACCCUUCUCAUCGUGGCCAGCAGCUCUACAUCGAGAUGAACACGACGCUGCUCGUCUCGGGCGUCGGCCUGUUCGCCAUCCUCGUCGGUACCCUCAUCGUCGUGCCGCUCAACUCGUACCGCAUGAGCAAGCGGGUCGGUGCGACCCUCAUUUUGGCCUACCUCGUCGUGUUGACUACGAACGUCUGCGUCGAGAUCUUUUCGUAAAGUUCUCUCUGUCCGUCUUAGCGGUGCUGUCCCACUCUCCUCGCAAUGUACCACACUCUCGCAUCGGG